CUCAUUCCCAGAAGGCAGGGCUUUGAAACCAUAUAAAAGUUCUCAAAUCUCCGUGCUCCACCAUCCACUUAACUUCGCACUUCUCCCUGUUGACCAGCUGGAUAAUCUUGUUUCCUGCAAAGAUGUCUUUGAAUCAAAUGCAAAUCAAGCAGGAACUCACCCUCCCACCUGGCCUGAGCAAAACCGUUCCAAAGCAAAGCCAAGAGCCAGUGCCGUAUGAUGAGCCGGUCCCAUGUCCAGAGCAGCAAACUGAAGUCCAAGUCCCAACACCUUGUCCAGAACCAGUCCCAGAAGUGGUGGUACCAGAAAAAACAGUGCCGUUGCCAACACCAGUGGUGGAACCAGGCAAGGGAGAAACACCAGAGGUCGUCAUACCUCAGUGUCCACCCCAGGAGCAGCAGCAGCAACAGCAAUGCAAGCUACCACCAACUCUCCCACCUGUAUCGUGCCCUGAGCCUGUUCCAUGCCCUGAAGAUAAACCAGCAUGCAAAGAGCUGCCGGUGCCAGUCCCUGUUUCCUGCUCUGAACCAAGUCCAUCUCUGCAGGAGAAGGAAGAGUGCAAGGAGACCCCUGUUGCAGUUCCUGUGACCUGCUCGGAGGCUGCAGAGUGUCCCCAAGAGAAGCAGCAGUACCAGGAGAUCCCUGCGCCAAUCCCCGUUCCAGGCCCUGAACCUGUGCCAUGUCCCCAGCAGAAGCAGGAGUGCAAGGAAAUCCCUGUGCCCACCCCAUGCCCUCCAGAGAAGCAGGAGUGCAAGGAGACCCCUGUGGAAAUCCCAGUUCCAGGCCCUGAACCCACACCAUGUGCCCAAGAAAAGCAGCAGUGCAAGGAGACCCCUGUGCCAAUUCCUGUUCCAUCUCCUGACCCUGCACCCUGUCCCCAGGAGAAACAGGAGUACAAGGAGAUCCCAGUGCCAGUCCCCGUUCCUGAACCGGUGCCAUGUCCCCAGGAGAAGCAGGAGUGCAAGGAGAUCCCGGUGCCAAUCCCUGUUCCUGAACCUGUCCCGUGUCCCCAACAGAAGCAGGAGUGCAAGGAGAUCCCUGUGUCAAUCCCUGAUCCAGGGAAGGGCUCCCUUCCAGAGAAGUGUCCCCCCAUCGAGCAGCAGCAGGUGAAGCAGCCCACCCAGUGGCCACCCAUGCAGAAGUAAUUUGCCACUGACAAGGGGAAGCCCUGAAGAGAGAAGAAGAUUGUCAACCCGGACCUCCUUUCCCCACGUCUCACAGUCAGAGGUCAUUUUUCCAACACCCUUUUCUUCACUGCAGAAUUCCUGUCAGGAAGCACAGCUCCCAGCUCCCCCUGCAGCUAACGCCAGCAUCACCCCAUACUAACAGCCCCGUGCGAACUGAAACCUUGGGACUCUUGGUAGACAAUAGGGCUUCGGGUGGUGGUGUAGGCAUGUGCACCCAGCUUUCCAGCAGCCUGAAUUUCUGCCCUCUCCCAAUCACCCUGCUGGCUUUUAAAGGCACAGAGAGAGAGAGACCAAAGAGCAUGACGUCAUGCUCGAGUCGUAGAAUGGUUUAGGUUGGAAGGGACCUUAAAGAUCAUUUCAUUCCAACCCCCUCCCAUCGGCAGGGAUACCUUCCACCAGACCAGAUUGCUCCAAGCUCCAUCCAACCUGGUCUUGAACCCCUCCAGGGAUGGGGCAGCCACAGUUUCUCUGGGCAACCUGGGCCAGGCUCUCACCACCCUCACACCAAAGUUCUUCCCCACAUCUCAUCUCAAUCUCCCCUCUUCCAGUUUGAAGCCUUUACCCCUCAUCCUAUCACUACAUGCCCUUGUAAAAAGUCCCUCCCCAAGUUUUCUGGAGCCCCUGUAGGGACUGGAAGGGGCUUGAAGGUCUCCCCGGAGCCUUCUCUUCUCCAGGCUGAGCCCCCUUAACUCUCUCAGCCUGUCCUCACAGCAGAGGGGCUCCAGUCAGGGUUUAUUAAGCUAAAUAUUCAAAUUUAACCCAAAUGCAAUUAGGGACCUGCAGCUCAUUGUCCAGACCUGUGCACCACCUCCUGGUUUUCAUGCCUUCCUCCCCAGCUCCCUGCACUCUAAUGCCACCCCUCACCUUGCAUUUAGGGGUUUUGCCUACUACUAAUAGGAUUUGAGGUUUGUGCAGAACCUGCUGCUAAGGGGUUCUGGUCAGCAGUAGCAAGACUUUCUGAAUCCUGAAUCCACAGUGCUGAAUAUAUUAUGCAGAUUAAAAAAAAAACCAUUGGGCUAGAGGAAAUGCAAAGAUUUUUACAGAAGAGCCAACACCUCGUAAUUAUCUGCUUAGUUGAAUUGGUAGUAAUCAGUGCUUUCCUCAGAGAGCUCACCUUGGCUUUUCUAGGAUGUGUAAAAGAACAGCUCGAGCUGAGAUUAUGGAAAAUAUAUAGAUAAUUAAAUCCAAUCCAGACAUGUUUUGAAAUAGAUUAACCUCAGGCGUGGCUUCCAUCUGCUAGACAGGAUAAAGGAGGAAGCAUACCCAGUGCUGUCUCAAUUACACCCUGGAACAUGUUUCACCACACGGUCUUGUUGCGUGUAUAUUUGGCACUUACCGCUAAUUAUUUUAGGCUGAUAUUGUAUCCAGGAUUUAUUUCACUGUGAAAAUCAACAAUAAAAAUGACUUUGAAUACCAA